AGUCAUCGUGUGUGUGUUUUUUAUGAAUGAAAGGAUCCAGCCCGCGGAUGGUGGAGUGAUUCCGGGAAAAAGGCGUUUUGCUCUCUGGUCCGUCUAAACACGGGCCGUUCUGCGAUAACCUAUAAUAUUAAAAAUAUCGAGCCGAAACGCGGACUUCUGGGUAUUCGGCGACGUGUGAUAUAAGGCAAAGAAGAGAAAACAACACAACAGGUUUUAAGAAUACAGUAUAUACAGGGAUACAUAAAACCGGACAAUGACGUCAGACGGCAGAGCUAGUAAAGCUCUUAAGGUGAAGAGGGAAUGUGGCGAGAAUGUUCCAGUGCUGAGCGACAGCGAGCUCAUGUCAUUAACAGUGCGCGAGCUGAACAUGCACUUACGUGGUUUGUCACGGGAGGAGGUUCAGAAGCUGAAACAGAGGCGGCGUACAUUGAAAAACCGAGGCUACGCAGCGAGCUGCCGGGUGAAGCGCGUGUCCCAGCGCGAGGCUUUAGAGCAACAGAAGAAGGAGUUGCAGCGGGAGGUGGAGCGGCUGGGUGCAGAGAACGCAGGCAUGCGGCGGGAAUUGGAAGGGUUGGGUGCCCGUCUCGCCGCUUUGCAACGCUUCGCUCGGGGUUUGGAAUCUGGAGGAGGCACUCUCCUGGCCCCCACGCCCCGCCUGAACACGGCCUCCGUCAUCACCAUAGUGAAGACACCACAGCAGGUGCACACUUCCAGAGAGCAGGGAGCAUCCUAGGGCACAGUGUAACCAUACUAGCAUGGAUACACAGACACACAUAGGUACACAGACAGACAGGACCACGUUUGCUCGGUUGCACGGGACUAUUUGCAGUGAUUUCAAACUUAUUUAUACUUACACAGGAGCAAAAACACACCAGUUGGGAAAAAGUUGUGUCUGGGACUGUUAGAUUCACUUAGAUAAAUUUAUAUAUACACAAAUACAGUCUAAUAAAUGUCCAAGAGUAAUCUCAGUACUGUUGUGCUGUCCUCAAUAUGACAAAUGUGUACAUCUGCAUAAAGCUAUUGCUAAUGAUAUACCAUUAGGCUACUUUUUAUGCCCGUGUUGUUAUUACUGUGCUUUUUGGGUGGUCAUGCAUGUUGAAUAGUCACACAUGUCUUCACUAGACUGUGUGAGCUUGACUCAUCAUGUGUGACCACCAACAUUUCAGAAGCUGGUUAGAUUUGCUGGAAUAUCCCCAUGGUAUUUAUUAAUGAUGGGACUAGAGAAUGUCAUGUCAAUGCAGAUCUAUGGAUACAUACAGUUUAUUUUAAUUUGUGUAUAGAAGACAAAUGUUCAACAACAUUAAAGCUAUUUUAUUUGUGUUAAAGACAAAUGUUGAAGGUAAUUUGUGCUGUGAUUGGUCUAAAUACUACUUAUAUUUGACUAGUUUGGGGUCAAUCGUAAUAAUUGUAAUGGGUUUGAGUAUUUUUUCGUAACGUCGUUUACCUGUUGUAACGAGUAGUGUAGUAAUGGUAAAGCCCCAUUACUUUUCAUAUGAUUCAGUACACGUGAGGGUCAUAUUUGUACUAAUAUUAGAGCAGCUUGUUUGUAGUGGUAUUUUUGUAUUUAAAAACCAAGAUCAUAUUAUUUGCUAUUUAUGACGACAAACAUAUCUGAAUAUUUUGAACAGUUGGAAUAUUCAAAAAAUGCCAUUGGAUGGAAAGUGAGAAAGGGAAAUUUAAGAAAGAUGUGAAAAUAAGAGGACAAAGAGGAAGCGGGAAGGCAAAAUGAGAAGUGAGCAAUUACAGUACAGCUCACAUGGUAGAAAGAUGAAGGAUUAGAAAGUGACAGAGGGAAUAUGAGAAAGACGGAAACGAGGUUAUCACAUGUGUGUCACAUCAACUCGUGGUUGUCAGGAUGUUUCUUGACAACUACAAGCCUGCUUUAGGGGUAAUACUGUAUUGUUCGUAAACAUGAUAUCUCUGGUGAUUUUCUAAUUAUAUAUAUUUAGCUAUGUCAUUAUCAAUAUUGAAAAUCAUUUAACCCGGAUAAUAUCAUGACCGUGACACUUUUGCCUCCAAACGUGUCAAAUGUUUUGUAAAAGGGUAAAGCACAAAAAAUGUUGUUUGUAUUUAUUAUCUGUAUUUUUCUAUGGUAAAUUCAUUGUCUAUUUUAUAUCAUUUAAUUGAAAUAAAUGUUGUAUAAAUUGUAC